CCUCCGAGUCUUGACUCCAACGGAAGACUCCUAUGUCUUUGUCCUCCGAGUCUUGACUCCAACGGAAGACUCCUAUGUCUUUGUCCUCCGAGUCUUCGUCCGCUGACGCUAAAGACCCAAUCCGGUUAUGAGCCCAGGUUGGUGCCAAUUACCUCCAGCCGCGUUGACACCAGCCCUUGGUCGUUGGUAUUCAAAUGACACUCAAUUGAAACCAGGUGAUGAGCGCUCGUCCAAUGAGUGAAGAUUCAGGUGUCAGUUAUCAAGAUACACCUCUCUACCAAAACAAAUCCUAAAACAGUCCAGACCAACAAUCCAGCAGCUCUAAACAACAAAUACAACAGUAACUCAGCAGAUAAAUUAAUUUAAAGAAGACACUUAGCAGGAUCCAAGUAGUCAGUAGUCUCGCCUCACAGGUAGAAAAUGCACACAAGACCACGUUCGACUCCUUCAAAGCUUCCCCAACCUGAAAGAUGCUCCGCCCACCAAGGACUGGACGGAGGUCAGCGUCCAUCACCGACAUACGAGGGGGCCGUGGCGAGAGCUUUGCUUCAGACGAAGAAUCAGCUCAGCAGAGACAUGCAGAAGAUGUUCGCUGAGGCCGAGAUGAAGAGGGUCCAGAAGUUUGCUCUGGACGUGACUCUUGAUCCGAAAACAGCUCAUCCUGAACUCAUCCUGUCUGAUGAUGGGAAGCAAGUGAAACAUGGUGAUGUGAAGAAGAAUCUCCCAGACAACCCAGAGAGAUUCUCUCAUUAUAAUUUCGUUUUUGCGAAGCAGAGCGUCUCCUCGGGCAGAUUUUACUUUGAGGUUGAGGUUAGAGGGAAGCCUAAAUGGAAUUUAGGAGUGGCCAGAGAGUCGGUCAACAGGAAGGGACCAAUCAAAAUGACACCCGAAUAUGGCUACUGGAGCAUAUGGCUGAGAAAUGGAAACGAGUACAAAGCUCUUGACGCACCGUCAGUCCGUCUCUUUCUGCAGUCUGGGCCUCAGAAGGUGGGGGUGUUUGUGGACUAUGAGGAGGGUCUGGUCUCCUUCUAUGACGUAGAAGCUGCAGCUCUCAUCCACUCCUUUGCCGGCAGCUCCUUCAAGGAGAAACUCCUCCCAUUCUUCAGCCCCUGUCGGAAUGAUGGCGGUCACAACUCCUCCCCUUUGAUCAUCCGUCCCGUCACUCAAACUGCCUGAUCUUUUUUUCAUGAUCAGUGAAGAGUCGUCAGCGUAAACAUAAACAUAUUAAAUUGAUCUCAUAGGCACACAAAGUAUA